CGUUAUUGUUUGUAAGGAGCAGUCGAGCAGUCCCUCCCUAUGAGUUUCACCCAUACGUAUGUUUAUAUCUAUGAGUUUGACCGUUAAACCGCGGUUAAGUUCAACGGCCGCCUCUCCAAAACAUCACCAGCAGGCCUCCCGGUAACAACUGUCCGUCAAUGGCUGAUUCAACCGCCAAUACUUCUGGUCAGAAUACAGCUACUGGAGAAGGUGGAGGUGCAGCAGCAGCACCGAGCAACCCAGAGUACAUCGCUUUCGUCCUGGUGCCUGUUUUCUUCCUUCUGGGCCUGUUGGGGGUGGUCAUCUGCCACGUGUUGAAGAGGAAGGGCUACCGGUGCACCACUGAGGCCCAUGAUGGGGAGGAUGGGGAGUGUAAGGAGGAAGAAAAGGAUCCUGAGCUGGGCGGAGACAUGAAUGACACCCUCAGUGAAAACAAUGACACAGUCGGGCAGAUUGUCCACUACAUCAUGAAAAAUGAAGCAAACUCGGAUGCCCUAAAAGCCAUGGUUCAUGAAAACAGCAUUGACUCUGAUGGUCCUCCGGUCACCCCCACCUCUCCCGGCACCCCGACCCCUCCGAUGACUCCCAUAUCGCCAGGUGCACCCGCAGGAGCCGCCAAGCACACCUGCAACCACCUGCACACCAUCGGUGGCCUGGGCGGCCAGAAGAACAUCUGCAACCGCUGCAGCCAGAAGAAAUGGCCGCUGAUGAGGAAACCGUUGGCCCGUAAGACGGAGCAGCGACGCAGCCUAUUCGGAGAGGUCACGGUCCUUGCUGUGGGCAGGUUCCGGGUGACUAAGUGUGAAAAGCCAACCAGGGAGAGACGGACCCUGCUAAUAACAGACUCCAAUGGGAGCGUUCCUGCAUCUCCUACGGAGGCGGGACCUAAGAGUCGGACGACGUCCGAGUCCCAGCAGGAGCAGACAGACAACUUGGACAAAGAGAAACGAUAGAAAUCCAGCUUUUCCAAAGAGAGGAGGAAAUCAACAUCUGGCCACUUUCCAAAAAAAACCAAACAAGAACAUUAAGACAUCAGCGCUGUAGGAGCGAAGUGGGCCAGGGAGUCGUCCCCUCCUCAUUCCUGCUCCACAGGGAGCCAAAGUGCUGCUGAUGAUGAGGACGAUGGUGGUGAGAGUGACAUACAGAGUCACACCAGCCAGUUAUUUUACAAGCAGAAAGGGGACAUUUGUGUCUAUUUCUGACACACUCCAUUUCCUCUGAAAAUUUCACAAUUGUGCCUUGCUUAAGGACCUUUUAAGCAAAGCGGCUGCUUAAUGCCAAGAGAGCCUGAACCACGGCUUUCCCCGAUGAACUAUGGUCUAGUUACUCAAUAUGCCGAUGACGUGUGUAUAUAUGUUUUUGUAUGUGGAGGCUAGGAAAAGUCAUCAGUCAGUUAAUUGAUAAAACUUCACCACAGAAACAGAUACAGCCAGUCUGAGAUUAAGUGGUUGUCAUUCCCAAACAGGAAUGAGGAACAAGCUGAUAAAUAAUAGUGGUCAAAGAAGCAGGAAGUAGAUUGGAGCAUUAGCAGAUGUGAUAAGAGAAGCCAUAUCCUGUAAUGACGUGAACAUGAUGUCUGAGGGUGCCUUUUUAUUCUCUUCCAAUCUGAACUCUAAUAAAGAAGAGAGUGCAGCAUUUUGGGUCAAACUACAAAUUGUCUUUAACAUUUAAACAUGGUUCUCACUCAGUGUUUUUUCUUAAAGUGACGGUUUUAUUUUGACAAUAACUGAAAACAAUAAGCCCGCAUCCUCAGGCAGUUCCGUCUGCUCCAACCCUUCAAGGUGCCAGAUUUUCCAUGAGGAAUUUCCCACGUGUCAGAUAGGCAUUACUAAAUUGUUAAAACGUAUUGUUUUUUGACAUAUUAUCAGCUUAUAAAGUUGUUUAGGCAAAAGGUUACCCGUUUAAACAUCCAGCAGACAUUGAGCAACAUUAGCAGUUAUGUGGAGUUUCUGUCCACCUGACGAACUCUUCUUUUACCUUUUUGUUUUGUUCUCCCUUUUAGGGCAAGAUCAUUCUUUUUUUUUUCUUCAAAUUUGUCUCCUGUAAGUCCUUCAGCUUUAUGGAGGUGCAGUACUAAAUCAAUAGAGUAGCUCUCAUGAAGUAAGACACAAUUAUCCAAAUAUGUAUUUUCCCCAACCUUUGUGAUCAAAACGUAUCAUUUUAGGCAGGUUUCUUCCAACUUUGUGAAUGUCAUUUCAUUGUACCUCAUGUUUUAAAAAAAAAAGGCAUACAUAUAACUGUUAUUCAUAUUUUGCGACAGUUUGCUGUGUUUGUAUCGUUUUGUAAUGAAAGAAAUAAAGACGACUAAUGCAUAUCAAACCAUAAA